AGAAAGUCGUACAGGUUGGAGCAAAAGAGACGAGUGAAUAGAAUUGUGAAAGGAAGGAGAGAAAGGAAAGGCUGGCGUGCGGCGAAGAAUGAGACGGGAUCCCGGAGGAGUUCUUCUGCCUAACAUAGAAGAUGGGCAAUUGCGGCACUAGGGAAGAGUCAGCCGUCGUCUCCACUGCUCAUCAACAUCAAGUUCAGCAGCAGCUCCAGGUCUUGUCAUUACCCACAAGGAAUCCAGCUGCAGAUAAGAAGCACAGCCGCUCCGCGUCAGAUCUGAGCGAUCCUUCAACGCCGCGCAACUUUGAGGACUUCCGCAAGAACGCCCAGCUGUACACCAACGUCAUUGCUUUCACGCUCUUUGAGCUCGAAACUAUCACCAAGAGCUUCCGUUCUGACUACAUUCUUGGAGAAGGUGGUUUUGGAACAGUCUACAAAGGUUACAUUGAUGAGAAUGUUAGGGUCGGACUCAAAUCUCUCCCAGUUGCUGUCAAGGUGCUUAACAAGGAAGGCCUCCAAGGCCAUCGAGAAUGGCUAACUGAGGUCAACUUCCUCGGGCAGCUCAGGCAUCCUAAUUUAGUGAAGUUGAUUGGAUAUUGCUGUGAGGAUGAUCACAGGUUACUUGUUUAUGAAUUCAUGUUUCGAGGAAGCCUUGAGAAUCACCUAUUUCGAACAUUAUUUUGGUUUAACUUUUUGCUGACUGCGAUUAACCGGAAUUUUCUGAGGCAUCCAGAAGCAACUGUUCCAUUAUCUUGGUCAACAAGGAUGAUGAUUGCUCUUGGUGCAGCCAAAGGGCUUGCUUUCCUUCAUAAUGCUGAAAGGCCUGUUAUCUACCGGGACUUCAAAACCUCUAAUAUUCUGCUAGACUCUGAUUAUAUGGCCAAGCUCUCUGAUUUUGGGCUUGCAAAAGCAGGGCCUCAAGGUGAUGAGACCCAUGUAUCAACUCGAGUAAUGGGUACCUAUGGAUAUGCUGCCCCUGAAUAUGUCAUGACUGGGCACCUUACUGCCAGGAGCGAUGUCUACAGCUUUGGAGUAGUUCUUCUGGAGCUGUUGACAGGAAGGAAGUCCGUGGACAAGACGCGGCCAAGCAAGGAACAAAGUCUGGUAGAUUGGGCGAGGCCAAAGCUAAACGAUAAGAGGAAAAUGCUGCAAAUUAUAGACCCUAGAUUAGAGAACCAGUACUCGGUGAGGGCAGCCCAGAAAGCUUGCAGUUUGGCAUACUAUUGUCUUAGUCAAAACCCAAAAGCUAGACCCUUGAUGAGUGAUGUGGUUGAGACUUUGGAACCUCUACAAUCCAAUGGUGGUAAUGAUGUCUCUUCAUCUUCAUCUUCAACCCCUACUCUCCUAUGUAGUGGCAGUCCAUUUGUCUCUGGAAGGAUCCCAGACUACCGGAUGCAUCGCAGGUUUACUGGGACUGUCAGCACUGGUGUUGGUUGUAGAUCUUCCAAUCCAAAUUGCUCCCCAGGUGGCCCUGCUGCAUGCAGAGUUAGAUGAGAAAGUUGCCUGCAUGAUGUAUGUAGUGUCAAUGUUCCUGCCUGCUCACUUUGUUGGGGCAUGGGGCAUGGGGCACAUUUACGGCUUUAUACCUGACCUAUAUCAUAAUGGCGAAUGCAAGCUUGUUGAUUGUCAUGUAAGGAAGUUGGUUUUGUGCUUAUGUUUGUUACAAAUCAGAGUUGCAACCUGCAGAGAUGUUUACAGUCGGUUAUACGUGGAUGUUCAUAUAGUUUCUUCUGUUUCUGAAA